GUCGAGGGCGCUCUCCAAAGGACUCAACGUGCAUUAUCAGCUCCAAGCGUCGACUGCUCGACCGCGCUUUGAUCAAGCCUCACCGCAUCGGGAUAUACCCAGAAUACAUCGGUAGCUCUUCCGCGCGAUCGAUCCGUCCCGGGAUUUCCGCUUUUGGUCGCGCUUUGAGGCUCUGGCGCAGUCCCCGUUACAUUUCUGCCUGUCGCAUUGUCAGACCUAUUCCGCCACUCUGCUGGCCGUUGGAGAGGCUUUGUCUAUGUUCUGGCGUUUGGAAAUGCGGAGACGCGUUUGUUUACAGCUAUUUGAGGGAGCCGGAAUUCCAAUCUCUCUCUGCUUUCGCCGCGAUUGCGUUUGCGUGCAUCCCUCCCUAUCCUCGUCUCCAUCAGCUCCUACCAUGCCAAAUUCGUCGUCCUCGACUCAUCGCUUGGACGGGGCUUCGA